AUGACAGGUUCUGGUUCUCCUUGUGGAGCUUGCAAGUUCUUGAGAAGAAAAUGUAUUAGAGGUUGCAUUUUUGCACCUUAUUUCUGCCAUGAACAGGGUGCCACUCAUUUCGCCGCGAUCCACAAGGUUUUUGGGGCAAGCAACGUGUCGAAAUUGCUUGCUCAACUUCCGGUGAGCGAUCGAUGCAGAGCUGCACUUACAAUUUCAUAUGAAGCUCAAGCCAGGGUUCAAGACCCUAUUUAUGGCUGUGUUUCCCAUAUUUUUGCUCUCCAGCAGCAGGUUAUUAGUUUACAAGCACAACUAGCUUCUGUCAAGGAACAAGCAGCUAAAGGCUUUUCCAAUGCGAACCCAAUUGAGAAGUACAAUAUGAAUGUGCAGAGUUGGCCUCAGUCGGAAAGUUCAAACAUAUUGAUGCCACAAAGUAUGAACCUCAACAACAUUAAUGAUUCAAUGCUGCCAUUUUACUCCGAAAACAAGAAUUCGAAUUCUUUUGAGGGUGACCGAAAUUUCAUGAUUCCGGAAGUACUAAAUGACAUGUACGGCAGCUAUGGGGAUGGAGAGGCUUCUAAUUCAAUGUCCUCACUAGACAUGCAGAUGAGCAAUAUGCAAUGGGGUUUCGAUCAAGAUCACGAUUGA